UGCACGAAACAGACGCGUCGAGCUGACAAUCGCUCCCAAUUUCCUCUAAAGAUCUUCAAGCACAAUGACGUAUUUUUAAUAGUUAACAGUGCAUUUUCGAGUGAUAUUGUGAAUGUGGUUUUGAAGUUGAAACAUUUGAACAAAAAAGAGAAAUAAAAAACAUUAUUAGCGGAAAGGUAGAAUGAGUUGUAAAGUCCUUAAUCUGAAUGGAAAAAAAUAUCAACGCCCUUGGUCAAACGUUAAGAAAAUAAGGACUUUGAAAGGCCACACUGUGUGAGCUCAAACAAGAAGAAAAAUUACAGGGAGUACAAGAAAAAUUGAAUAAAGCCCAGAGCCAUAAUUUCCUGAGCACUACAUAGCAGAGGAGCAAAGCUAAAGAAAGCUUCAACAAGGCAGCCAUUGCCCGUUUUGAGAGAGGAUGCACUUUAGCCAGGCCACGAAGCCAACAUUGGUGCUCCUGGCUGGGGUAAGUGGCAAGGCAACGGCAAGUUGAUGUUGCUGGCGUCUUGGCAUCUAAUUGGGGCCCUCCUGGUUCUAACGGCAAGAGCGGGGGACUCCACCAAUAAGAUCAUCUUGCCACAAAUACUCAAUGGCAGCGUCGGUGGCGCCUUCGGCGGCAUCAGCAAGCAGCACUCAAGUGCCACCAAAUCAGCGCCAGCAUCAACGAACGGCGGUGGCAGUGCCGGCAACGGCGCCGGUGCCAUCAGCAAUGGCAACACCGUACUUGGCAGUAAUGGCAUAAUUGUAGCCGGCGGUGCAGCGAAUGUGCCUAUAACGAAUUUAAACACUGUUGUCGAAGAACCCGAAUUUACUGAAUACAUCGAAAAUGUAACUGUACCUGCUGGACGAAAUGUCAAACUGGGUUGCUCCGUCAAAAAUCUCGGAUCAUACAAGGUUGCCUGGAUGCACUUUGAGCAAUCGGCCAUACUGACGGUGCACAAUCACGUGAUCACACGAAAUCCUCGCAUCAGUGUCACGCACGACAAGCACGAUCGUCAUCGCACCUGGUAUUUGCACAUCAACAAUGUGCACGAGGAGGAUAAAGGACGUUACAUGUGUCAGAUCAAUACAGUGACGGCGAAGACGCAGUUCGGGUAUCUAAAUGUUGUAGUGCCGCCCAACAUUGAUGACUCGCUGAGCUCGAGCGAUGUCAUAGUGCGCGAGGGAGCCAACAUAUCGCUGAGAUGUCGGGCCAGCGGCAGUCCCCGACCCAUUAUCAAAUGGAAGCGCGACGAUAAUUCGCGCAUAGCCAUCAAUAAGAAUCACAUAGUUAAUGAAUGGGAGGGCGAUACACUGGAGAUAACGCGCAUCUCACGCCUCGACAUGGGCGCCUAUCUCUGUAUUGCAUCUAAUGGAGUGCCGCCCACGGUUUCGAAGCGCAUCAAAGUCAGCGUGGACU